AUGCAGGACCUUCGUCGCAUGGCCGUUCUACUUGCCUCUUUGGCUGCUUUUCCCGUCGCCGAUGCUUUCUGGCGUCUUCCCUGCCGUGGGCGAACUGGUGUCGCUCGGCUAGACCCCAUUGUUGACCCUGGCGAAGUCUCGUCCCAUGUUCAUGUUAUCCAUGGAGGUGGAAGCUUUGGCAUGUCGGCCAAUUAUGAGACUCUUCUCAAAUCCGACUGCACGUCCUGUGGCGUUGAGCAGGACAAGUCCGCCUACUGGACCCCUGCUCUAUAUUUCAUGCAUACGGAUGGUAGUGCUGAAAUGGUUGAUCAGGUUGGAGGAAUGCUUGCCUACUACUUCAACGAUAAGGCCCCUGGGGAAAAGAUCCACGCUUUCCCGAAGGGAUUCCGCAUGCUUGCAGGAGACCCUUUCCAGCGUAACUUCACCUGGCCUGUUCCCGAUCCUCCAAAGUCCAACUGGGCCGGCGCCCAGAUUUCCCAGAAGGCUCUUGAACAGAAAGCCCUUGGAUUUAACUGCCUGAAUUACGCCACUACCGCCGAAGGAACCCUUGAUCGCCAUUACAUGCCGAACAAAACCUACCUCGAUGAACACUGUACCGAUGGUAUUCGUUUGGAACUGAUGUUCCCCCAGUGCUGGAAUGGCAAGGACGCGGACUCGGUCGACCACAAAUCUCACGUCGCGUAUCCUUCUCUCGUCAUGGAAGGUGAAUGCCCCAAGGGAUACGAGAAGCGCCUUGUCGGGCUCAUGUAUGAGACUAUUUGGAAUACUUAUGCCUUCAAGGAUGUGGAUGGAUACUUCGCCCUUGCCAAUGCUGAUCCUACUGGUUACGGCUACCACGGUGAUUUCAUGAAUGGCUGGGAAUCGGGCGUGUUGCAAGACGCGAUUGAUACCUGCAAAAACGAAGAUGGCAACGUCGACGAGUGCGCUGUCUUUGACAUCCAGACUCAGACCACGCAACAAAGGUGCUAUUUCGACAUGCCUGCGGCGCUCAAGAGUGAAGAGACCGAGAAAUGCCCCAGUGGAAUUCCCGGCAAUAUGGCCAUUCAAUGGGGGCCGGCAUACGCCACGAUGGAUAUGGGGUCGUCCGAAACAACGACUACCGCAAUUCCAGCUAUCCCUUCAUUGAGUAUCCCGUCUCUUUCUCUCGGCAUCUCAGUGGAUUCCGGUAACAUGCUCGGCAACGCGGCCGCCAUGGCUACUGCCGAAGCGGCCACAACUACGUCGACUUCCACCUCCACGUCGACGUCGACACCAACACCCACCCCAACUACUUCCAUCUCCACUAAGCCAAUCACUGAGGAGAUUGUCUACCUUGAGCGUAAGAUCGAGGUCCUGAUUGACACGGAGGGUGUGCCCUACACCACAAUCACUGGAGCCCCGACCACUGUCUCUACUGCGAUGACAACCCUCACUGAGACAUCCACUGUUGUCUCGUAUGUCGAGAGAGACACUGUUCCAGAAGAGCAGAAGCCUGAAGAGCAAGAGAUCUCUGGUCACGCACGACGACACCUGCACCACCAUGGUCGUUUGCACAGAAAACAUGGAUUCUAA